AUGGAGAAGGAGGGAGGGCUACCCGAAGCUGGAGUUGUUAAUCAGCCCUUGCCUUCGAAGGAAAAAAUGGAAGAAGCUUCGAGAAAAAGUGCCCUGGCCGUUUCGGAUCCUAAGGAAACUGUUCAUACAGAAUCCUAUGAGGGACACACCAGAGUUGCUUUGGAGGAAGUGGAAGCAGAGAAGCAGCCUGAAAUGGCUGAAGAGAAGAAUGAAAAGAAAAACAAGGAGAAGAGGGCAGAAGGGGAUGAAGAAGCCAAGCAAAGGAAGGAAAAGAAAGAAAGGAAAUCGAGUGAGAAAAGGGAACGCAGGCGAGAAGAGAAGUGCCUGAAGAAGAAGGAUGAAAUGAGGAAGAGGGUUGAGAGCCCGGAUGUCGAUAGAGAAUCCACCACCGCAAGGGUGGAUGAGGAGGUGCCAACGCAACAAAGAGAAUCAGUGCAACCUUAA